AAUUCAUCUGUCCCUGCAGCGCAAAUUCUCGGAGCGCACAGCUAAUCAAAGACUGGUCCACUGCGAACGCACAAAUAUUCAUUUUUGGGCACUCUAGAAAUAAAGAAAUCAUCGACAUGGGUGAACUUCUAGCCUACAUCCACGAUCAUUCUAUUUCCAUUGUUUUCUUGCUUUGAGUAGAAGGGUUUUGUUUUUCUCCGCUGCAGCUUUUGCAUUGGAUGGCAUGCUUUAUCAAGAAAAGCGUAGUACUUCUCUUCAAUAUAAAAUAGACAUAGCCCUCUGCAGGUGAGUAUUAGGGAGCUCACUAUAGAAUUUCGCGUUUCAUUUCUUCAUUAAGUGAUUAGCAUUACUUAAAACUUGAGUUUACAUUUUUUGCAUUGAGCUAAUCGGACACAAAGAGCAGAGGACGGAGAACAACGCUGCUGGAGUCGAGAAUCAUCACAGAGGACCUCUUGCGCAAGCCCCCACGAAAAAUGUCAUCUCAAACCAGAGUCAAGAAGGACAAGGAGAUCAUAGGAGAAUAUGAAACGCAAGUCAAAGAGAUCCGUAACCAGCUGGUGGAGCAGUUCAAAUGCCUGGAGCAGCAGUCCGAGUCUCGUAUCCAGCUGCUACAGGACCUGCAGGACUUCUUCCGCCGCAAGGCUGAGAUCCAGCUGGAGUACUCCCGCAGCCUGGAGAAACUGGCCGAGCGAUUCUCCAACAAGAUCCGCAGCUCCAGAGAGCACCACCAGUUCAAGAAAGACCAGCACCUGCUGUCCAGUGUGAACUGCUGGUACCUGGUACUGAACCAGACCAGGAGGGAAAGCAGGGACCACGCCACCCUCAACGACAUCUACACCAACAAUGUCAUCGUCCGCCUCGCCCAAAUCAGCGAGGACGUCAUCCGCCUCUUCAAGAAGAGCAAGGACAUUGGGAUUCAGAUGCACGAGGAGCUGGUAAAAGUGACCAACGAACUCUACACUGUGAUGAAGACCUACCACAUGUACCACACGGAGAGUAUCAGCGCUGAGAGCAAGCUGAAGGAUGCUGAGAAGCAGGAGGAGAAGCAGUUCAGUAAGUCUGGAGACCUCAAUGUCAACCUGCUGCGCCACGAGGACCGGCCCCAGAGACGCAGCUCCGUCAGGAAGAUCGAGAAGAUGAAGGAGAAGAGACAAGCCAAGUACUCAGAGAACAAGCUGAAGUGCACUAAAGCCCGCAAUGACUAUUUGUUGAACCUGGCAGCAACGAAUGCCGUUGUGGCGAAAUACUACAUUCACGAUGUCUCUGAUAUGAUUGAUUGCUGUGACCUGGGCUACCACGCCAGCCUUGCGCGUACCUUCAGGACCUACCUGUCAGCUGAGUACAACCUGGAGACAAGUCGCCACGAGGGCCUGGACAUCAUGGAGAACGCCGUGGACAACCUGGACUCCCGCAGCGACAAGCACAAGAUCAUGGACAUGCACAACCAGGUGUUCUGCCCUCCCAUGUGCUUCGAGUACCUGCCCCACAUGGGGGACGAGGUGUGCCAGGUGAGUGCCCAGCAGCCUGUGCAGACUGAGCUCCUGAUGCGCUACCACCAGCUGCAGUCCCGUCUGGCCACGCUCAAGAUCGAGAACGAAGAGGUGAGGAAGACUCUGGACGCCACCAUGCAGAUGCUCCAGGACAUGCUGACUGUGGAGGACUUUGAUGUGUCUGAUGCUUUCCAGCAUAGCCGCUCCACUGAGUCCAUCAAAUCGGUGGCCUCCGAGACCUACAUGAGCAAACUGAACGUGGCCAAGAGACGGGCCAACCAGCAGGAGACAGAGGUCUUCUACUUCACUAAGUUCAAGGAGUUCCUGAACGGCAGCAAUCUCAUCAUUAAACUGCAGGCCAAGCAUGACCUCCUGAAGCAGACAUUGGGAGAAGGAGAAAGGGCUGAAUGUGGGACUACGAGGGGAAGACGGAAUGCCCGUACCCGCAACCAGGACUCCGGUCAACCUAUUCCACUUGUGGUGGAGAGCUGUAUUCGACACAUCAAUUUGUAUGGGCUCCAGCAGCAGGGCAUAUUCCGCGUGCCUGGAUCCCAGGUGGAGGUCAAUGAUAUUAAAAACUCAUUUGAGAGAGGUGAAGACCCAUUGAUUGAUGACCAGAAUGAACAUGACAUCAACUCAGUGGCAGGGGUCCUCAAGCUGUACUUCAGGGGCCUGGAAAACCCUCUGUUCCCCAAGGAACGCUUCCUGGACCUCAUGUCUACUAUCAAGCUGGAGUCUGGAGCUGAGAGAGCGCAUUACGUCCAGCAGAUUAUUGUGACUCUUCCUCGCGCCGUUAUCAUUGUCAUGAGAUACCUGUUCGCUUUCCUCAAUCAUCUGUCCCAGUACAGUGAUGAGAACAUGAUGGAUUCCUAUAACCUGGCCAUCUGCUUCGGCCCCACCCUGAUGCCCAUCCCCGACGGACAGGACCCUGUAGCCAUCCAGGCACACGUCAAUGAGGUCAUAAAGACCAUCAUCAUCCACAACGAGGUCAUCUUCCCCAGCCACCGCGAGCUGGACGGGCCGGUCUAUGAGAAGUGCAUGACUGGAGGAGAGGAGUACUGUGACAGCCCCCACAGUGAGCCAGGCACCAUCGAUGAGGCUGACAAUGGGACUGAGCCACACACCAGUGAAGACGAGGUGGAGCAGAUUGAGGCCAUAGCUAAGUUUGACUAUGUGGGACGCACCCCCCGGGAGCUGUCCUUUAAGAAGGGGGCGUCGCUGCUGCUGUACCACCGCGCCUCUGACGACUGGUGGGAGGGCCGGCACAAUGGCGUGGACGGACUGAUCCCACAUCAGUACAUAGUGGUGCAGGACCUGGAUGAUGCGUUCUCGGAUAAUCUCAGUCAGAAGGCGGACAGCGAGGCGAGCAGUGGACCACUGCUGGAGGACAAGGCCUCAUUCAAAAACGACGUUCCAUCACCGUGUGAACACUCCCCCGACUCCAACUUUGGAGGAGUCAUGGGGAGGGUGCGGCUACCUUCUGACGGGGCCGCCACCCCUCGACGCCAGAGUGGAGAGACCCACAGCCCUCCUCGGGGCACUGACACACCCCCGCGGGCCGCAGCCUGUCCCAGCAGCCCCCACAAGGUGGCAGUUAGCAGGAGCCGCAUGGAAAGCCCAGAGAAGAGGCGCCUGGGAACAUUUGGCAGCGCAGGCAGCAUCAACUACGCUGACAGGAAAGCCUAUCCUGAGGGCCACCCCCUGAGGCCUGUAGCAGGGGCCACACGCCACAGUAGCCUGGGGGACCACAAGUCACUGGGGGCUGAGACACUGGCAGAGGACAUAAAGAAGACUAUGACCACGGCCCUACAUGAGCUGCGUGAACUGGAGCGCCAGAACACGGCCAAGCAGGCUCCAGACGUGGUGCUGGACACCCUGGACACCACCAUGAAGAACCCUGUGAACUCAGAGCCUGGCAGCCCCCUCCACACCAUCAUGAUUCGCGACCCAGACGCCGCCAUGCGCCGCAGCAGCAGUUCCACCUCUGAGAUGAUGAGCACCUUUAAGCCCACCCUGUCAGCCCGUCUGGCCGGAGCCCAGCUGCGCCCCCCGCCCAUGAGGCCCGUCCGCCCGCCCCCCACCGGUCACCGCUCCUCCAGCUCCAGUUCCUCUGGGGUGGGAAGCCCUGCUGUCACGCCCACCGAGAAGAUCUUCCCCAACAGCACUGCCACGGCUAGCUCUGCAGCUAACGCAGCCGGGGACAAGUCCGGCACCAUGUAGCUCUGAGGGAGAAUUAGGGUUGUCAUGUUGCAACUGUUUGACACAGAGGAAAGCCGAUAGGAAUGGGAUGAUGCGUUGUUGAUGUGUUCUCUGAGAACAGUUUGGGAUGUUUCCUUCCUCAUUUGGGGUUUGACUUUAUUUCUUGAAUUCAGGAAGCUCCUGGAGUGAGCCUGAGUUGCCAUGGUGAUGGCAGGUAGAGAAGCUGUAGGGCUUUGCCUAUCAACACAACUCUCUGUGAAGCCUGAUUUAAAACCAGACGUGAAAUAAUGAAUAAAAUCACCUCUAAGUAAAACUUAUUUUUUUAUUUUUCAUUUUUUACCUCAAAAUUAGAAGUAUGUGGCCAGGUCCGGCUUUUUAGUGAUUAAUUGACUGCAAAACGUGAAGAAGUACUUGUGGAAUUUUCGCAUUUGUUUUCAUCCUGCACUGGUUGUCCAGAUGAUGUCUCAUCCCUUGCUGGUGGAUUGGACACUCACCAAUAAGGUGUCUCAUCCCUUUCUCUCUGGAUUGGACACUGUCUACCAGCCUGUGUCUAAGAGACUUCAACCAAGAUGGUCACCGGCCUUUUGGCUGUAAAUAAAGACUUACUUGAAGUUGUUAUGCCUUUUUGUUUGUACUGUAGUAUAAGGGAUGUUCAACAAAGUAACACCAUAGCAACAUUGUACGUAUGCGUAUAUGAGAUGCGGAAACUGAACCAAUAUACCAAUUCAAUGUAAGAAACCUAACCUGUGGUAAACAUGUAGUUGAACUUGUAUAUAGUUGAUGUAUUUUUUUAUUUUUAUGGUAUAAAUGUUGUACAGGCCCAGACAGAACAAGCAAGGAGAUGUGAAUGGCAUUGUCAAAAAACAAACAAACGAGUCAACCUGCAAACAAAGACAACACAAAGGUUUCUGCUUCCUUUGUGUUGUUUUCAUCAUUUUCUGCUUGAACACACAUACUCAACACAGCACUGAUGGUUGUGUUAAGAAUAUGUGGUCAUGGGGAUGUCAACAUCAUACCACACAUUGUAUUUAUGAGUGAAAAUUCCAUUUGCACUCACAUGGAUCCUGACGUUCUCUCUAUUAUUCAUAUUUAAGACAGUAAAAGGAGUGUAUACCAUUUUUUUUGCCACAGUAACAUUUGAACCCACUUUUAUUUUGUAAUACUGUGAGAAUACUGUUGACCAUGGCCCCUUACCCCAUAGUCCCUCAUUGUUCCAACAGCUCUAGAAAACUACACGGUAACCUGUGUGAAGCCAGUCCACAACCAGACUGACUGAUUUUGGUUACCAGGCUGAUGUUGGGUGUUCUAGUGGCCAGUCCUGAGCACUGUUUGGACUGAGCCUGACACUUCUCUUAAGUUGGAUGAGAGCUCACAGACUCAGUUCAAAUCUGUCAGCCUCCAUCCACUACAGUCCAACAGGCUUCCCCUGUGAUGGAUGGUGGAGAUACCCAUACAAAAUAGGAAAUCUGCCCAUUUGACCCAAAUACCCAUACAACUUUGUGCCCAUGAAAGCUCUUCAGACACACAUUUUUACAUUCACAUUUUAGCAGAUUUUCUUAUCCAGAGCAUCUUACCAGAGCAAUUAGGGUUAAGUGCCUUGCUCAAGGGCACAUCAACAGAUUUUUCAACUAGUCGGCUCGGGAUUUGAUCCAGUGACCUUUCAGUUACUGGCCCGACUCUCUUAACCGCUAGGCUACCGGCCACCCAAAUCAGAUUUCAUACUGUACACUUUGCCAUCUUUAAAGCAACCUCUUGCCUGUUCGAGUCUGAUUUAUGUCAUGCUUUUAACAUGCAAAAUAUGCUGGAAAGUACUGUUACAAUAUUCCUUUUAAUCUAAAAUGUGAUACCUUACCUAGACAACUCCAGUGAUGCUUGAGCAGUUAGCGGUAAAUGUGGUGAAAUAAUAACAGCAGCACAGUGGUCUUACCUUCCUUACCUCUUCUCCCCGUGAGUAUAACAUCCUGACUGUCAUGUCCCGGUGUCUCAUUCCACUUCUUGUUUUCAGUCCUUCAGCAAGGAAAUGUGAGCACGUACUGGCCUAUACUGUAGCUGCCAUGUUGAAUUAUAUCCUGUGCUGGCCCAAGCCUGCUCCUGCCACUCUGCUCAGUCAUACAGUUGUGUGGUUGGACUGCCUUGUAUACGGCAUGCCCUGCUCUGCAUGUUUUAUGCUGUACCAUUCGACUCAUACAAUAUGACAAUUCAACAAUGGCUGUUUGCGGAGUCUUUCCUCUGUAAAACACACCAUUGACUUAUAGCGUAGUCAUGGGGGUGGGCUACUAUAUCCUAUUAGUCUAACCUUUUUGGAAUAUGAGAAUACCUGUUGUCACUAACAUGUAGCAGUAUUGUGUGGGCAAUGGAAUUGAAUUGUCAGCUAAGGUAGAUUUUAAAAAUCUGAUUUAGCAGCAUGAAUCUCAGGCUGUGAUUCCAUUAUCAAUCAUAUCAGCAUCAUUCAGUCACUGUUGUAAUGUGUACAGAUCUUGAUUUCAUACACAGUUUACUAUAAGAUACAUACUUUCAUUUGAAAAACGUGUCAUCCCUGUCUGUAGUUUGUCAACCCUGCCCUCCUCUGUCCAUUACACUGUCCCCUGGUUAGAUUCUAGCCUACAUGCUGGGCACACAGGGACAUGGAAAGCAACCAAAGUUAUACACUUACACCAUCUGUUGGUCAUAUAUGGUAUUGCUUAAAGUACAAGUACCCUGUGGAUAAUUGUCUGGUGUGUGAACUCAGAUGGACAGACCUUUCCAACAGGAGAAUAAUGGGCAAAAAAUUAGAUGAUGAAAACAAAUGCAUUUCAAUUCAUUCUGUGUAUUUUAUUAAAAAUAAAUAAGUCAUACGGUUUUAAUAAGAAAAUCAAUUAAGAACAUUAAACUAAGAGGGUGCUCUCUGUCGAGAGGAGCUGUCACCAACAACUAAAUCAUGUUUUUUUCCUACAGGAAUUACAUAACAUUUUUCUUAACCACAUUUCUCAUCAGUAAAACUGAAGCGUACAUUCAAGUACAUUUUUUCUCAAACGUACAUAAGCUAUAUUUUCAAAGAUAAACAUUUAAAGUCUGCGGUUUGCUUUAUUUGCUCAAGUAAGAUUAACAUCUUCAUGUACAACCAGACUGUUCACAUUUAAAUGAUUUUUUAAAAUGUGUAUUUUGUUUAUUUAUACCUUUUGUCUUAAAUUAGUAUUUUUAAAGUGCCUUUUGUGCACAUCAUUCGUUUUUAAUGAACUUGUUCAAUUACUUUUUUAAACUAUAUGGUAUGUUGUCAUUCAUGUUUGGUAUAAACUUUUAUCAUAUUUUUCCCUUCAGUGUUACAUCACACACAUAAUUUCAUCUGAGGAAUAUGUGAAAACAAGAAUGAUGUAAAUAUGUACUGUACACUUUGCUAUAGAGGAAUUGCUACUCUUCAGAUGUCUACUAACAGAAUGACUGAAAUGUAGUAUUUACUUGUAGAAUGUAUUACCUAAUAUGCUCUAGGUGAUUCAUGGAAGGGUAAUAGAUUUAUGAAGAAGACUACUGUACACUCAACAAUAAUUUCAUAUUUUUUUAAGUUCUCUCUUAUACUGAUCAUCCUCCUUCAUAGCUCAAGCAUCAUUGAGUUGUUGUAGGCAUCACUGGAGUCUGUCAAUAUAUCCUAGCUCCUCUACUUGCACGGUUUAUAAGACACUUGGUGCACUCUCUUUCCUCUCUAAGCUCUAUGUGAUUUCUGGAAUGUAUGCUAAAAAUAGGUCAUGUCUUUUGUAUGUUGGAUAAGAUAACAAUGCUUACAAAGUGGCAUUCAGAGACCGGCUGAGUGGCUGAGUGCCUAUAUUGGUUAGUGUGAGUUGUUGUCAUACUGUUUACCCUCUUUUCUCGCUCUCUCUCUCUUUAACACGUGUCUAGUGAUGCUGUCUGUUCAUGAGUGUCUGAUUGGUUGAAUCCCUUGUGAUGUAAUGGAUGUUGAGAACCCUUAUGUCCAAAUAAAAACAAAUGUUUCCCUCUAA